GCUGUUGUGGAACUUGUGUUCACGUUCUGCCGCGUCGAUCGUGAAGAAAAGCAAAAGAGAGAUUUAUUGUUUCAUCGGAAAAAGUUCCAAAUGAAGGAAGGGACGCCUCGAACCGUGAUGGCGGAGUCGAACAACCUGGACGGCUCGCAGAGAAGGCGGUCAGCGCGGUUGAACUCUCCUCCGCAGACUGAGGCUAAAAGUGACAACAAAAUGGCGGUGGCUGUGAAACGCUCCAUCACUGUGAGGAAAAUAGCGCCCAGGAAAACCGUCGCACCGUCGGAGAACGACAAGGAGAACUCCCCGAGGCGGCGGCGGUCGGCCUCGGUGGGCGUCCAGCAGCAGCAGCAGCAGCAGCAGCAGAAGAAGAAGGAAGAGCGCGUCUCCACCCCGGGUCCUGUCCCGGACCGCAGCGGCUCCUCCUCGGCUAAGAAGAAGAAGAAACAGGCCGCUAUGCCCUCACCGAUCCUCGCGUCCUCCCCGCCGCCGGCUUCUCUCCCCCCGCAGCCGGAUCCAGAGGACGCGGUGUGGUCGCAGAAGGUCCGCCGGUCCUACAGCAGGCUCAGCGACAAGUCCUUCUCCAGCCCCGACUCCCGGGACACUUUAUUCGGCUUCGAGAAGCUAAAGACCCCCGAGGUGGUCCGGAGACCCGAGCAGUCCAAGGCCGGAGCCUUGGAGGUUUCUGGGUCCAUGUCGGGUCUGAACUCUUUCACGUCGCUGCUGGAGGCCGAGGACGGUGGUGCGGCUUUCCCCGAGCCGGACCUGAACAUCCCCGGAGUGGCCGUGGUGAAGGAGAAGCGGAGGAGGAGGAAGGUCCAGCAGAUCGACUCCACGGAGCUGGACAGCCUGGCUGCGCAGAUGAACGCAGAGUUUGAGGAGGCAGAAGAGUUUGAGCUGGUGGUGGAGUAAAAAAUAAGGACUAAAAACUGUAAAAGACUGGAGGAACCUCCUCCAGCUCUCUGACAGGCUGGAGGGCACCAAACUCUGGGAGGACUACACAGAAAAACGCGUUUCACACUCAGAACAUUCUGUAUAUUUCCACUUCUUCAUGUUGUAAAGUUUGAAUCUGUUUGCGUGUUCAUUUAGAUGCUCUUCAUGAGGCUGGUUAUGACACUGUGUGGAGGUUUAUGUUCAUAUUGUGGGUUUGUUUUAUUAUGUGUAGUUAUACACAUAAUGCCAAAAGUUCUUUAUAAUUUAAACACACAGAUUUUCUUUACUGUUAAAGUUCAGUUUGGGAUGGAGAGAACACUUUUUUUGUAUUUUCAAUUGGCUUUAAUUGACUUCACCUUUAUAUGCCGGUUCCAGUUACACAUGGAAGCUGUUGUUUGUGAACUUUAACACAUAUUAGGCAGCAACUGUAGGAUCUAAAAGCCUUAAAAAUUAGUUUUCUAUCAAGAAUUUUACCUUUUUUAUCUUUAUCCAACCUCACUGUUCGUAUGAUUAUACGGAGUGAAACCCAACAGAUGUUUACAGUAAUUCAGAGGCCUGUAACCAGAAUAUUUCACAUUGAGGUGUCAACUAUCAGCAUUCUUGAACUGUUUUCCAUCUAUUUUUAUCCUAAACAUGUCAAUAAAUGCUGGAUGAAUGAAAUCACCAGAUCUGACGGGACACUUAAACCUUCUUUUUUUUAACUCACAUUAUUUUGCCAGAGGCCUGAAUAUGGGGAUCUUGUCACAGUUUUCCAGUGACAGUUUUAAUAAAGUCAGUUUUAAUGGCUCGACGGGAGACAUUUAUAGCAGUCCGGUUGAUUUCGUAAACGCAUUUGUUGUAAGAUUUCAGUGUUUAGUCCAAGUUUAGAAGCAACGCCUUUAAAAACCUGCUCAUGUCACCAACCAGGCAUCUUCUCAGGUUUGGUAUUCGGUCGCUGGAUGUGAGAUGUGGAUUAAAUUCUGUGCUCUGAGGGUCUAACGAGGUGCUAGUCGAGCAUGUUGUCUACACAGCAGCAGUCUCUGGUGGCUGUGAAGCAGCAGCAGCAGACUGACUGAGUGGGCAAACUGUUGGUUUAAUGAUGAUGGUGGACGAGCGUUUUCCUCCAGAGUCUCUUAAAGGUGUAACAAGCGGUGAGCGUCUCAGAUCGCCUGUCAGGAUGAGAGUUAGUGGCUCGGUUGACUUUUAAAACCAGACGCUGAUUCAUUUGCAGCCGGUGACGUGUGAACAGGUGACGCAGGUUUACUGGGAUGAAAUGAUGUUAAACUAACAGUCAGCUGAACUGUGUUCUCUUCCACCAUCAUCAGAUCACCACAUAAUUAUUCAUCUGCUGCCAGAAUAACGUUGAUAGAGUUUGUGAGACUUUAUUGUAGAGCUGCAUUCAUGUUCGAUUAUUGCUAUUGUGAAUCAGUUUGUGCAAUUUUUUUUAAAGAUAAAACAUCUAAAUUCUUUGUUUA